AAAGCGACCGUAUUAACUGACUGUUAAGAAUUCUUUUUAUCCAAACCAUAGCUGAUGUAUUUUUAUCGAGGAUAGGCAAAAAUGUCUUCUUUAAAGGACCGUCGAUUAGUUGGGCUAGACUUCAUAGAGUUUCUCGGGGAAACAGACAGACGAUCGAUUACCGAUAAGAAUGUGCUUCGGAAUAUUUACAACUCUGAAUUCAGAAACAAGGAUGGCAUUAAAGAUCCAAACUUCUCAAGAGUCCUUUAUGCUUUGAAGCUAUCUCACAAAGUCCGUAUGUAUGCUGGAAAUGUAUACUUCAAUUCUAGGGUGAGAGUAGUUCUGCAAGAUCAGUGGCAAAGGCCGCGAGCCAAUGUGACACCUGCUGUUCUGGCCGCUAGGGGUGGAAGCUCUCCAGCACCCUCUGACAUGGGUUCAGGCUCUGCUUCUGGACCAGAGUCAAGGGUCAGGUCACGGAGGAGGAUGGCCAAAGACAUCCUGGACAAACUGAACAAGGAAAAGCUACAGUUCAUUGCAGAUAAAGGCGGCAUUAGCAUCUUUUCGGAUCAUGGUGUGUCAGAUGGGAAAAUCCGUUUCAGUGUGGAAAAUGUGGAAGCGUAUGAGCUGAAGCUUUUUGUAAAGAACACAGGCCAGAGUAAUGUUUACUUCAACUACUACUCUGCCCUGCACUGGAUGAAUUGUUUCACAUUUGAGGAUAGGGAGAAAGUGACACGGAGCCACCCCAAACUCCUCAAUCCAGGUGAACAAUAUGCAGUCCAAAUCAAGUUCCGUAAUAAACACCUUGGAGUCUACCCUAUUACAGUUGCCUUUGAAUUCAAAUCCAAUGACUGCGCUUCCUCCAAACCAUUCCACAUUGUGCGUUUCAUUGAGGCUGCACGAAUGACUAACCUAGCAAGUCAGCUGGCACCUACUGCACAGUUCAAGCCCUGUAGGAUAAGUUCAGUCAAGCCUGAGCCAUAUUUGAUGGAGGAUGGUGUGCCACCUGAAAGCUUUGCAGUACAGCACCUGAAACAAGAGGUCCCACUAGGAGCCUACCAAUGUCCACCAUACAUUCAUGAACUUGCUAAGUUUCUGACUGGCCGCAAGGGCUCAUCCUUGCACGCUGAGGAGGUCCUGACCUCAAAAUCUGUACUGGAGUCUCCACUCAAUUUUGAAAACUACGCAGAGCGCUUCCACUGCCUGCUGUACCUGGAGGAGAUUCAAAUGGAGGUGGACAUCAAGAAAUAUGACAUGAAGGAGCAACCUAUGGUCAGAGAUAUCAACAACAAGAACCUGCUAGUUCUUAAGGUCCCUGGUGUUGCUGAGAACAGACCUUCAGUCUUGAGAGGAGAUCACCUUCUGGUUACCAAAUCAGCUGAGCACCACCUGAAGCCCCCAACCAAAUACAAGGGUUAUGUUCACAGAGUGGAGAUGGACCAGGUGAAACUAGGCUUCUCCAAAAAGCUGUUGGCAAGUUUCAUUGACAAGACAAAGUUUGAGGUGGAGUUUACUGUGAACCGGCUUCCCAUGAGGCUUCAACAUCGUGCUGUACAGCUAGCUGCUCAACACGGGCUAGGAGAUGUACUGUUCCCCACUGGGUCAAUGGCUAGGACACAGGAGUCACAACCCAGGCUAAUAUUAUUUGACAGAAAACUGGAGACUAACCCUGAGCAGUACAAAGCCAUAACUAACAUUGUAGCAGGUGUGUCAAAGCCUGCUCCAUAUCUUGUGUUUGGGCCGCCAGGGACUGGCAAAACGGUCACUGUGGUGGAAGCCAUUAAACAGGUGGAAAAGUCACAGGCCUCCGCACACAUCCUAGCUUGUGCUCCCUCUAACAGUGCAACAGACCAACUCUGUGAGAAAAUUUUACAACAUGUAGAUCAAAACAAGGUUUAUCGCCUCUAUGCAAGCAGCAGGGACCCCAGAGCUGUGCCUUUGACUAUAAAGGAUGUCAGUAAUUUGGUUGGAGAGAUUUACGUUUUCCCUCCGAAAGAGGAGCUGAUGGAGUAUAAAAUCAUAGUGACCACUGUGGUUACAGCUGGGAGGCUGGUCAGUGGAGGCCUCCCCCCAGGCCAUUUUACUCACUUCUUUGUGGACGAGGCUGGACACGCUGUGGAAUCUGAAGCUCUCAUUGGUGUGGCCGGUUUGCUUGAUGCAAAAUCAGGGCAGCUGGUCUUGGCAGGUGAUCCCAAGCAGCUUGGUCCUGUUCUCAGGUCCCCUCUUGCCAUAAAGUAUGGACUGGGCAUCUCUUUAUUGGAGAGGUUGAUGCAGACAAACCCCUUGUACCAGAAAAAUUCCAGUGGGGAGUUUGACAACCGAUACGUAACUAAACUGCUGCAGAACUACAGGUCCCACAGAGCCAUCCUUGAAAUUCCAAAUGAGCUCUUCUAUGAACACGAGUUGCAGGUGUGCGCCGAUGAGAUUGCGUGCAGUUCAUACUGCAGCUGGGAAUACCUACCAAAGAGGGGUUUCCCAGUGAUAUUUAGAGGAGUGUUGGGGAAAGAUGACAGAGAGGAAAACAGUCCAUCCUUCUUUAACAUAUCAGAGAUUGAGGUAAUCAUUGAUUACCUGAAGAAGCUUCUCCAGUCUCAGGGCAAGAAGGGACUAUCCAAAAUCUCUCCUGGAGAAAUUGGCAUCAUCACCCCCUAUAGGAAGCAGGUGGAGAAAAUACGACAGGCCAUUCGUGUUCAUGACAAGGACCUCAAAACAUACAUGGGCAUUGAGAAGCUGAAGGUUGGCUCUGUUGAGGAAUUUCAGGGACAGGAACGGAAGGUGAUCAUCAUAUCAACAGUGCGCAGCACUAAGGAUUAUGUCAAGUUUGACGAAGACUUCAACAUUGGCUUCCUCAAGAACAAUAAGAGGUUCAACGUUGCUGCAACAAGAGCCAAAGCCCUGUUGAUUAUGGUGGGAAAUCCCAUCAUCCUGAGGAGUGAUCAUACCUGGGCAAGGUUUAUUGAAUACUGCACUACGAACAGUGGGUACACAGGUGUGGAUUGCAGCACUGUGGAGGAUACGGAGGAGGUGGUGGAGCGUUUAGCUACCCUCAGUAUCCAGACUGAACCUCAAGUGGACACAGAGGAGAGUGUCAUACAGCAACAGAUGGAUCCUGAAUGGAGGAAUGAGCAAUGAAUGACUUCUUCUCCUUCUCUUGCUCUCUCUCGCUCCCUAGUGGACAGUGCGAGCAGUGACCGUUAACUCUGAGACCAAAAAAAAAAAUGAGGAAGACACAGGGAUUAUGUCUUUAAAAAAAAAAAACAAAAAAAAAAACCAAAAAAAACAAAUGAUCAAAAAUAACCAAUCUCAUUUCAUGAAAUUACUUCAGCAUUUUUUUAAUCUAGCUUAUUCUUCUGCUCCAUUACAACUCAUAUUCCUCUUCAACACACAGGCUUCCAAGGCCCUAAUCGAACCUGAGAAAGAGACUCAUCGGCUUGGGUCUUUUAAACAAUAAUGCUUUUCUGAAAAAUUUCCAAAGUUACAGGUUAAUUGGUAAUUGAAUAACAUUGUGUGACGUAUUCCUUUUAAAACUUGUUUUAAUGUUCAUGGUCUAGUGUACUUGACACAUACUCAGCACUGAGGCACAUUAAUAACAGGAGUAAUCCUGUCUGAGCAAAUGUGAGUGAGACAUUUGGGAUGACAUUUAGAACCUGUAGCUUGUUAAGCCCCUUUUCAAAUGCUUUUAAUAGCCAUAGACCUGCUUUAAUUUUGAAAACGAAUUCAACCUGUCUGUGGCUAUAAUCCCCCUCCCAAUGAGAGUGUUCACGUUUUAUUGUAAGAUCUCAAAAGCCAUACAGUUUACAGUUGCAGCACAAAUGGAUCUGUGACGCUUCCUGUUGUUUAUUGGGGCUCUGAAAUAGCAUUUGUGGUACACUUACCAUAAGAUAGAUGGUAUAGUUCAUGCUGCAUGACUCUCUGUGGACAUGCCUUGAAAAUAGCAUGCAAUAAAAUCCUCCCUAAUCUACGUA